CCCUAUAAGCGGAAGUGAAACACAUCAACAUGGAUCCGCUGAUCUACAUUGCAGCUGCAAUAUGUGUGACUUUACUCCUGUUCUUCGUCACUCGAUUUAGAAAAUCAUCCACUAAAGGUGAACAUGGUGCUGUUAGACCUGUGGCUGUUCCAAGAGCUGCACCUCGUGCACGCGCAGACAUGCCAGCAGGAGCUGCUGCAAGAAGACGUGGAAGAAAUCGCAUGGCAGCUGCUAGACAGAGAAAUGAUGAUUCAGAUUAUAAUGAAGAUAUGGAUGAGGAAGACAUAUUUGAUCAAAUAGCACAACCAGAAGGAAAAGUUGGUGCCAAGAAGUUGAGGAAGCUCCAGGACAAGGCUGAAAAGAAAAGUCAGAGAGAGGCAGAAGAACGAGAAAGGCAGGAAAGAAAGGAAAGGGAGCAGAAAUUAGAAGAACUGAGAAAGAAAGAAGAAGAAAAGCGUCUGGCAGAAGAGAAAAUCCAGGAAGAAGAAGAGAAAAAAAGAAAAGAAGAGGAAGCACAGAGAGAGCAUGAAGAGUACUUGAAAAUGAAGGAACAGUUUUCUGUGGAUGAAGAAGGAUUGGAAGAAAUGAACUUCGAGACUAAUGAGGAGUCCUUGUUACAAAGUUUUGUCAACUAUAUAAAGGACAUGAAGGUUGUGAUGCUGGAGGAUCUGGCUGCUCAUUUUAAGAUCAAAACACAGGAUGCUGUAGAUAGAGUUAAAGAGAUGGUGGAAAGUGGACAGCUGACGGGUGUCAUGGACGAUAGGGGCAAAUUUAUCUAUAUCACCAUGGACGAGAUUCAUUCCGUAGCCAAAUUUAUCAAGCAGAGAGGACGAGUUUCAAUAACAGAACUAGCUGAAUGUAGUAAUAGACUCAUUAACUUGAAUCCUGACAAUAGUAAAACAUUCUCAAAGUUGGUAGGAGACUCAAAAGAGGAGGUUCAAGUGGAAAGCUGAAUAUUUCAAGAUUGUGGUGUAUGGCUUAUUACGGUGCCGGUGUAACGUGACAGAAAGUCCCUCAUGAUAGAGAGUCUGCUUCCCAUUCAUUUGUACAAGUAAGCCUUGCCCUAGAUUUUGACCCACUUUGGUCAGGCUAACCCUAACUAUUAUAACUGAAUGGAGGGUGGACUUUUGUUAUACGGACUCUUGGUUCGUUACACUGGUAUUAUACCUUCCAAGCGUGAAGAAUUUUCUUCUGUGCCCUUCUUUAUGUUAUUGAGUCUUUCCAUUACACAAGACUGAUCUCUAGCUGAGAAGUAUAACACAGCACACAAAAACAUUAAAAAGGAAAACAUUCACAGUUUGAAAGAAAGUAAAACUGGGAUGAUCAUCGUUUUCAUUGAAACAUUUUCUUAAGAAGUGGCACCAUUGUUAUGCAUAAUGCGUUUCAGUAUACUUUAAGUAAAAAAAUGAUUCAUCAACCAGAUUAUUAAAUUAUACAUUUAAUAAAUAAUUGAGAUAGGUUUA